AUGCGUAAGAUUCUUUUCUCGGAUCAAGACUUGCAAGUUAUAUGUGAAAAUAUACGCAGACUCACAGAUGCUGUUCUCAACCAAGAUUCCAUAUCGAUGAUUGUUUCUCGACAGUUUAUCAGUGACCUUAUUGAAUGCAAUAUAGAAUUAGGAAAAACCAGUCCAGCAACUGCCCGAAGUAUAGCUCUUGAUCUUUUGCCAGUUAUACAAUCUCGACAAAUAUCAUAUGAAGAACAGGUUGUCAAGCUGUUUAUGGCACUUGCUGAUUUGCAUGAAAAAGAAGGUAGUUUUAAAGAUGCUGCAAAUAUGUUGCGAGCUAUGCCAUUGGAGAACGGCCAGAGGAGCUAUUCUUCAGAAAUGAAGCUAAAUAUCUACGUAAGACUAGCUGAUCUCGCCAUGCGUUAUGGUGAUGGUGAUGAAGCAGAGACAUUCAUUAAUCGUGCAUCAGUGGUUUCAAAUGAUCUACAAAACAACAAAAAUGUUUAUAUACCUUUCAAAAUAAAAUUUGCUGAAGUCCUGAAUUAUCGUCAAAAGUUCGUGGAAGCCGCGCGUAAAUAUUAUGAUUUGGCGACAUUUGAAAAUCUAGAAAGGUCUGAUCAAUUAAUGGCUUUAUCGAAUGCGAUUGUCUGUACAAUUUUCGCACCACCUGGUGCGAAACGUUCUCGUAUGUUAGGAAUGCUAUUCAAUAACGAGAAAUGCAAACCGAUCCCUUCAUAUAGUAUUGUAAAAAAUAUGUAUUUGGGAAAAAUUAUACAGAAUGAUGAGAUGGUGGAUUUUGAAAAAUCUCUGACAGAUAAUCAGCGUUCAAUGCAUGGAUGGGCUGUUAUGCAUCGUGCUUUCUUGGAACAUAAUAUAAUCGCUAUAAGCGCUAGUUUCACUAAUAUGCCUCUUAUUCAGCUUGCACGUUUGCUUGGCAUCGAUGAGGUUCAGGUUCGUUCGUUAAUUCGUUUUUUGGCAGAGGAUAUACUAUUGCAAAUGAUCAUUGAUAAUCGUCUGGUUGCUACGAUAGAUCAAAUAAGCGGAUUCAUCCAUUUCAAACGUUAA